AUGUUAUACUGCACAUCAUCCACAUGGAAAAGCCUGUCUUCGGCUCAACAUCGGACUUCGCAACGCUCUGUCGCUUGCGUGAUUGCGCACGCGGCCGCCAAUGGACACGGUUUGCCAACAGCAGCUACCAAGCUGGCCGCGUCUGCUGUGGCGUCUGCCGCUGCAUCGCUGAGACUAGGUCGGCUAGAAACAGGGACCCCAGUACCCUGGGCCCGCCUGGGCCCCUCCCUGGACCUCAUCCAGCAGCGGCUGCAAGUGGGCCGAGCCACCUUCCGCCUGAUUACCCCGGGGGAUGUGGACGCGGUGAUGGACAUGUACCUGGAGCAAAAUCAGCUGGAUGCGGACCCCUACUGGACGCGGGCCUGGCCCUCCGCCAUCGCCCUGGCUGCCACGCUGCUUCAGCGGCCGGAGCUGGUGGCGGGCAAGGUGGUGGCGGACCUGGGAGCGGGCCUGGGGCUGGCGGGCAUGGCGGCAGCCUUGGCGGGUGCGAAGGAGGUGGUGUUGCUGGAUAGAGAGCCCGCCGCGCUGCAAUGUGCCCUGCUCAGCGCCGCCGCCACGGGCUUGAAUCUGGAUCUGGAAUCCGAUGGAGCAGAUCUGCUGGAUCCAGAAUCGCUGGGCCGCUCCAGGACCGUAGCCAACAUAGCGGCAGGCACUGCUACAGCUACAGCUACAGCCAAUGGGGGGAAAGGGUGGACGGGGAAGAAGGGCAGGAGGAAAGUGGAGCCGUUGCCUUCUGACCAACUGUCGCCAUACGCGGUGCUACAGCUUACACCGCCGUACAAGCACUUGAUGCAAGAGCAGGAUGACGGGGGGGAUGACGGAUAUAAUCCACAACAACGAAUCGAUCAACAGGCGCUGAGAAGGCGGAGGAGCGAGGCAGAGGAGGAGUGGCGAGUGCUCAUGACUCUGGCGGGGUCAUUGGGCUGCGCCGCCGCCGCCGCCGCCGCCCCCGCCGUCGAGCCGUCGCCGUCAGCACCACCGCAUGCUUUAAGAGGGGAGGAAGGCUGUAGCCGCGAGUCCGAUAGCAGCAGUGGUGCUGCUUCUACUGCGGUGCCCGCUACAUCAGCUCGAGAAAGCGAGUUUGCAUCCACGUCAGUUUCACCGCACGGGCCGUCCUCGUCAACCUCGCGGACGCCCUCCUCUCCAUCGCCGUCGCUAGCGGUGUCGGAUGUGGGCGCGGAUGAACCGCCCGCAAGUAGCAGCAGUAGCAGCAGUAGCAGGGAUGAUUGGACCGGCAGUAGCUGUGGUGAAGAUGGUGGUAGAGGUAGCGGCAGUAGCUGUGUGUUACGCGCUCACGUGUUUGACUGGACAGCACCGCCAGAGAUGGACCGUCUACUGCCGCCGGCGUCGACAUCGACGCCGUCGCAACAACAACAACGGCAGCAGCAGCAUUCGCCGCAACGUGAGCAGGGACGAAUAACCGCUGUACGGCAGCGACGAUUCGAUGUCGUACUGGCUUGCGACGUGCUGUACGAGGACGCCGCUGUAGGUCCCAUUGCGGGCCUUAUGCCGAUACUGCUGCGGCCCGACGGUGGCCGGCUACUGCUAGCGGAUCCCCCCAACCGAACGGUACGCAACCGAGAACGCUUCCUUCAGGAGGUCCGUUCGGGUCCGCUGCGGCUGUCUGUGGAAGAGUGCAGUCUGCAGCGCUGCGAGGUUUCGAAGCUGGACAACGAGAUGGCCGGGGGCCUAUCGCCAACGGUGGAAACCGUACCGGUCCAGUUUCUGGUGUUUCGGAGCGGACUCGGGAAUGACACCGUAGGGCUCAAGCUGUGA